AUGGCAGACCGACAGUCUCAAGAUGACGCUUCACUGGCAGCCGAUGCUGAGAGCCUGCAUGAGUCAAAGUCGCUUUUAAAAACCUCAGUCUUGGAGGUCGAAGCUGAUCGCGUUAGUAAAAUCAUCCCACAAGAAGAUGUGCCGAGCAACCUAAAGAUUCCAGUUACAGCUGAAGACACUGACCAAGAGACGCAAGAGGAAGCUACAACAUUAGUGGGGCAGUUAGAUGCUGUACCAGGGGUAGAAGAUAAAGUCGACAAGGAUGUGAGUGCUACAGCCAACGAAGAAGUGAAGGAACAAGCGGACGAGCAGUCACAAGAGAGGGAACAACCAGAAGAAAAGGAACAAUCAGGCGAGCAGGAACAAUCACAAGAGAAGGAGCAGCCACAAGAGAAGGAUCAAUCACAAGAGAAGGAACAGCCAGAAGAAAAGGACGAAUCUCAUGAGAAGGAGCUAUCACAAGAAAAGGAACAACUACAAGAAGAGGAACAACUGCAAGAGAAGGAACAGUCACAAACAAACUUAGAGAUACCGAAACUAACUGUGGAGCAGGCGAAAUCUACACAGGAUGCAUCCGGGUUAGCCGAAGAAGCCGCCUUGCCACUUGACAGUGCUGUGUCUCGAUCGGUGGUGCAUUCACAAGCCACUGACGUCACUGAAGAGCAAGAACCUGUCAAGUCCAGCCAGAUCCAGCUCGUCACUACAGCGCCGGCAGACGAAGUGGCAGCAGAAGAAGAUUCAGAAAAAAUGACAGUCAAAGAAAAGCCAGCUUCUCCAUCUCUAGAGGCACCUCUUGAUACAGAAGAACGUUUCAGUUUUUCCACAUCCGAAGAGAUACCAGAAGAGAACAUACCAGAAGAGGACAUACAAACGGCGAAAGAUAAAAUACUCUUGAAACUUCACUCUGCCAUGGCUAAACAAGACGUGUUGCGUAGCAACAGCCUAAGCUUACAGAGCAAAAUUUCGGAAUUCUACAGAAAGAACAAAUUAGAGUUUAAGCGGGACCAUGACAAAAAGCCUGGCGUUAACGAGGAGACGUACCUAAGAACUCUAGCACAGCUCCAGAAACUGCGUGACAUGGUACAAAGAGACUACAAGCAACGCCAGUCCUAUAUUAAUUCUGUCAAACAGAGAUGCCAACAGAAAAAGGAGCAGGUUGAAGUCGAACGAAAGAAAUGGUUCACUUUGUUGCAUAAAGUGGUUUACGGGGCCCUAUUUAGCAACACCCGAAAACCAAUACCCCCAAAUGAUGUGGAUCACUACUUGAAAGCACUUUCCGCCAAAGAAAACGAGGUUUCUAAAAUUAGACUUAGGAUAUUAAAAAUCAAGAACAAGAUAAAGAAGAAUACAUUUUUACUCAAGUCAAAGGAAGAACUUGAAGAGGGCCUUCACCUACAGGAUUUUGAGCAGCUGAAAAUUGAGAAUCAAACAUACAAUGAGAAAAUUGAGGAAAGGAACGAGGACAUGCUUAAGCUGAAGAAGAAGAUCUCUAGCACAGUGCAGAUCAUGUCCCAUUGCAAGGAGAAGCUUCACUACGUGCAACAGGACAAUCUCGACCAGGUCAAUAAUCUCAAAGACGUGGAAGCGUCUCUGGUUGAAAGUCGAGAAAAUCUGGCCAAGCUGAAACGGGUGCGGGAUGUUCUGAGGACCGAAAAUGCCAAACUACGUGAGGAGUGUGGCCUUCUGGGCAACAAGUCCCUUCUGACUAACUACGAGCUGAAGAAAGAGAAAGUGGCUGAUCUUGCCAACAAGCUGCAGCAGGUCAAGAGCAGACACGCGACGCUGUCCUCAAAAUGCAGCAUCCUCCAGAACAAAAUCCAGAUGUCCAGCAAUGUAACCACAAAGAAGUAA